CAACUGUACAGUUAUUUGAUUUAAAUUCCUUGUAUAGUUUGACCCGGAUACGCGGAUUAAUUCUAAGGUCAAAGUAGUAACUGUGAACUCCACAAAGAAAGGAACAUGGUCGUUUUCAAAUAAAAAGUUUGAAGUUUGAGCGUGAUAUUUUCCAUUCUGGAGCAUUUUGGUGGAUUAUUCAAUACACUGGAUUGUGUUCCAAGGAGUUAUGCGUCAUAGCUGAUAAAUCUAAAGGAUCAUCAAUUUACUACUGCAGAUAAAUCUCUUUGGUUGGAUGCUGUCAAGUACAACUACAAUGGAAGGAGUGCCAGAUAAAGAACUCAAUGACUUGUUAGAUUUUAGCGCAAUGUUUUCCCCACCCAAUGCCAUGGGUAAAGGACCUAUGCCUGUUCCUCCUAAUCCGACCAAUGGAAAUAUGGACCCUUUAUAUUACAACAAGCAAGCACUGGAUAAUGGGAAUACUUGGGAGUCCAAUAACCAAACUAGUCCAAACUAUCAGACCAGCUCUAGAUAUAUUGAGGGAGGUGGGACACAAAGCUUCAAUGGCCAGCUCAAUGACAUGCAGCAUCCCUUUGCUACGGGACAGAAUGGUGACAUGCCUGCUUUAAUGAAUAAAAAUGACCCAUACAGAUAUCCUCCCUCACGAGAACCAGGAAUACCAGCACAGGGUAUGAUGAGUAAUAAUAUGCCAAUGUCUCCCCCAGAUUCUAUAUCUCCCACAGGAGGGAAACCAGGAUCUCCUUAUUAUAUGAUGAAUAAAAGAAACGAAGGACGAGGGGGUAAAUUCACGCCAACACCUCAGAACACAGAUCCAAAAAACAGGCGGAAAAGUGGCGGUUCAGUCUACUCACCCAGUCCCGAUGAGUUCAAUCAAGACUCACCCAGAUACACUUCCCCCAAGCCAGGCAGUCUUUAUGGACCAGGCUCAGAAUACUUUCAAGUUGGACCAGAGAGUUCUCAUGGUGCUCCCCCUGGCGGGUCAUGGCAGAACGACAAUGUCAUUCCUUCCUCUUACCCUUCUUCUCACCCUCCUCCUCAAUCAUCAUAUACACCAAAUAUGCAUUCAGAAAAUGUGCCCAACACACACUACAUGCCUACCCCUAAUGCGUUAAGUAUGUCCAGUCUUCCCUCUAUGUCCUCCUUCCAGCCUACCACCACUAUGUCGUCAACACAAAGUUAUACAGGGACAUCACCGCCCAUCAAUGGUUCAGAUCUACCAAACCAGGGAAGCUCACAAACUAGGGACGUCAUGCGAAAUGCUCUUGCCUCAAUAUAUUCAGCUCCAACAGACCAUCCUAGCGGCAACUAUAGCUCAACAUCAUCUACUCCUGUCUCUUCCCCUCCCCCAAUGCCAGGCACAGGUCAAACUAGUCAGUGGCCACGAUCUUCUCAGAGCACUACCUCCCCCUUCGAGAGUCAUUUACACUCACUGCAAUCCGUAGGGGAGGAUGACCAGUUUAAUGAUGCAAUAACUAAUGUACUUCGAGAUCAGACCGAGAAAUCUUUUAACCUUCCACAGCAAAGUCGAAUGGAAGAAAGACUCGAUGACGCCAUUCACGUGCUACGGACUCAUGCGGGGGAAGCCAUCCCAGGAGGAAUGGGCAGCCAUAUUUCCCACACUAUGCCGCAUAUGAUGUCACAUUCCAAUGGGAUUAUGGGGAAUAUGAACUCUGUGUAUCCUCCACCAAUGGGAAUGCCUGGGCAUAUAGACAGCUCCCAUAUGCCUAGCAACCACCUUGGUCAACCACAUCCGAGUCAGCUAUCAGAAGACAGAGGCAGGAACACAUUAACAUCAUCACAAACUUCUGAACCCACAUAUAGUGCUUUAAGAACUGAAAGUGAACAGAACAGUAGUACAGAUGGAAACAUAAAAAUUGAAAAAAUAGACAAUGAAAAUGAAAAAAUAUCUGAAAAGGAUGAGAAACCAGGAACAGUGUUAACUAGUGGCGGUUCAGUGACAUCACAAGCUCCCGGCUCUGCUGUCACAACUACGGCACCUGCAGCUAAACGUGCUAGAGUCGGAAAAAAAGUGGCCAAAAAGGAUAUGGGUAGUAUAGGCUCAAAUGAAGAUGAUGAUGAAGACGAUGAUGGUUUAGAUCCUGCUGGCAAACAGGAGCGAGAUAAAGUCCGGCGCCAAACCAAUAAUGCGCGGGAAAGAUUGCGUGUCAGAGAUAUAAAUGAAGCUUUUAAAGAACUUACCCAUAUGGUAACAAUACAUGUAGGAAGCCAACAACCCCUGACUAAAUUAAUGACGUUACAACAUGCAGUUACUGUUAUAACACAGCUCGAGGGCCAAGUGCGAGAGCGUAAUCUCAAUCCUAAAGCUGCUUGUCUAAAGAGACGAGAAGAGGAGAAAACAGAAGAACUCCCUGGCCGGGCACCACUAGGACCCGAUGAACUAGCUCAGCAGGUGGCGCAACAGCAAGCCAUGUCG